CUGAACGUGAACCGAUCACACGCGCUUCUUUAACAAAGUCACCACAACUUUUUUUCUGUCCUUGUGGUUAAUCAGCCUUGAUAGACUCAAUCACCGCAACCGAAUUGCUCCCUUCAACUUGUACUUGUGCGUGUACUUGUACCUGUACCAGCCUCGGCGCCUCUCGUGGCCAGUGAGAGAGACUGUGUGUGAGAGUGGGCGAGAGGGUCAGAGUGUGAGAGUUGUGUGAAAUGGCCACCUCGACCAUCCUGUUACCAAGCGCAAUCAUGAGUCCGCCGCCGCCAUUUUCAGCCUCGACGACGACCGAAGCUUACGCCUCCGAGGCGGUUCUCGCCGCCUCGUCCUGUCCGUCAUGCGGAUACCAUUUCCCUCCUCCUCCGACCGGUCUAUCGAACGAUCCCGCCGAAGCUCAUCGUCGCAUCCUAGAUCUCGAAGCGCAGGUCAGACUGCUAAACGCGAAGGCCACAUCGGCCGUGGACAAACUUGCAGACUAUGAAGAUGAAAUAAGGUAUUUGCGCGAAACCGCCUAUGCUCGAUCACAGCAGCAGCAGCAGGUCGGCAGUCCUCCAAUGGAAGGUCCAGGGCCGGCAUUGGGAGGUCAACAACAACAGCAGCAGCAGCCGCCACAACAAUUGUCUCGCCUGGCGAGUCUGAGCGCUUUAUUCCCGGGGAGACGAAAAGAAUCAAACUCGGGACAACCCAUGACACCCAACACGGGAACGUUCCCUCAGAACAACACCAACAACAACGUCGCAUACACGAACAAUGCCCUCUCCCCGCCGAAAACUCCGUAUUCGGGCGCAAAUCAGCCCAUGCCGACUCUACAGACGGCGCAGUCGGAUUCACAAGUCAUAACCCUCUCGUCACUUCAGUCGUCCCUGGACGAGGAAAGGUCGCUGCGGCAGCGCGCCGAGACGAACCUGUCCAACGCACAGAGCGAGCUUGAGGAGUUGACGGCACAGUUGUUCGGGCAGGCAAACGAGAUGGUCGCGACGGAGCGGAAGGCGCGCGCAAAGUUGGAGGAACGUGUCAAGGUGCUCGAGCAGAGAGACGUCGACAAGAGAAAGAGGCUGGAAAGGUUGGAGAAGGCGAUCACCAGGAUCGAGCGUGUAAGAGCCAUGGUCGGACCUUGAGGGGGUCAGUCCCAAAUCACACACAAGGCUGUGUGUACAAUGCACAACAACUUUGAUUGUUGGAGAUCUAGUGCCCAAAUUUUCUCGACGAAAAUGGUCCUUUGGCUCUGUCUGGUGAGAGAAUCAUGGACCCAACCGAACGACAUUGAACGACGUUUCGAACUGGUCGCUUACAAAGAAAAGGCACUGUCAGUUGUUCUCCCAGUCAGCUUUCCGGGUGAGAAGCUCACAUCGAUCGGUCACGCCGGAAAAGACUACACAGACAGGAGCAGCAGCAGCAGCAGCAUCGACUCCAGACGAUCGUGGGUGUUGUGAACGGCAUUCCCAGAUGCAGACAUUUGUUGAUCGGAUCAACGUCACAACAAGAGAUGACUUGAUCAUUUCCCAGGUCACUGUCAGAGAGCAGCAGUCUUGUUGCUUGAGAUCGGUGGUAGAACACCGCCAUCAUCGUACAUUCAUGGGAUGGAUGGAUACCUUUGGUCAAAUACCAUGAUAACGAUCUUAGUAUUACUAUAGUUACAAGAACAGAGGCACAGGUAGUUAGUUGGAAGGGGAGGAGGAGGAGAAAUCGGAUUCAUAUACUGUACAGAUAAAGGUUGGAAAUGUCUUGUUACGCACGAUGUAAGUGCUCUACAAGUCAGCAUAGGUUCGCAACGGACAGAUCAAUGAUUGAGAAUUG